UAUUUUGCAAUGUAAUGUCAGGGGUUUUUCACUCCUUAAUUCUGAUAUCAAUUCCCUUCUUUGUUUAUUAUAUCUAUGACAUUCUAGCAAUAUAUGUGCAACUGUUUCUGGAGCACUACAGCAUACACACAAUCCAGUAGGGUGUUUGCCUAUUCUGUGAAGUGACCAAUUAAAUCCAGUGUAGCCAAUUCGCAGAUGGGUUUUUAUUAUCUUCAAGGUUCAGGGUAAUGGAAAAUGGAAGUCUUACGAAUAAUGCCUCACAAUUUGUUAAGCACAGUACUUAAGUACAGUAGUUAAUUUCCACCACUUGAUAAUUUCUAGUAAAUAAUCACAGACUGGCGAUUCACUCUCCCCAAGGAGCAUUCCCUCAUAAACACGAGCUCAUUGACUGUCAACACAUUUAUGUGCAGGCGGGAUUAGCUUCCACAGUGCCUACUCAAACGCAUUCAUUAAAUCCUUCGAGGACGUCUUCGGCUUCCAGCCUCGAUCCUCGUCCUCAGCUGCAGCUCUGACACAUCUGCUCGGUUGGUUCAGCACCUCGGACAGCGAACAUUGCGAUAGGCUGCAGCCCCUCGAGGACCAAUGAUUUCCGCUGCGCAGCUGUGACAAGGACACCAGCAGCAUCCCGGCAGCAGCCAAUGACAACGCGCCGCUUUCCUCCCUCAUCCAACCCGAAUAACUGCAGAUGCCCGCAUCCAAGCCACAUCUCUCUCUCUCUCUAUCUCUCUCUCUAUCUCUCUCUCUCUCUCUCUCUCUCUCUAUCUAUCUCUCUCUCUCUCUCUGGCAGGUUUACAUAGCUGAGGGUCGCUAUAAGCUGCUAUCUAUUUUUGGAGAUCAUAGUAGGCAUUUUUUUUUCUCUUCGUAUUCUCCGGCAUUGUGUUGAUUAAGGUUUUUAGGUCGAGGCGUGUUGUUUUAUUUACGUCUGAAGGAGGUUUGUUCAAGCUGCGAGUAAUAGCAGGACAUCAACUGCUGUGACCCUAUAGAUUUUCCGUUCUCAAUGGAAGACAUCUUCCCAUUCGCUGCCAGCGAAGGACUGAAGCACAUUUCGCAUCUAUUUUGCUUGUGUACUCCCAUGGACGAGCGAGGAACUUUUUGUAAAUGAAGAUUUGAAAACAGCAUCAGCCCACCGGAAGACAAAUCUGUCGGCCUGUACGGCUAGGGUUUAUCAUCAGGGACCGAUCCGAUUUUAAGCCCUGGACCCUGGACAGCUCGCGUUGGCGGCGUGGAAACUGAGCAGAACAGGGGGAAGACGUUUUCACAUUUUGGCCGCUUUUGUUCAGCAGCAAGGUGGUCAAGGUAUGAUACAUGGAUCUCACAAGAAGAGUCCAUUAAUUAGAAGGUUCAACUUCCUCCAGGAGUGAGACCCUGUGAGCUUGUCCAGACCAGCCAAAGAGGUUUUCUCCACUACCCCCCUCCCCCCAGUGCACCGUUCCUGUAUCCCUCUGCUAAUCCUCACCAGGCAUUAUGGGUACGGUGCUGUCACUGUCUCCCAGCUACCGCAAGGCAGCGCUGUUUGAGGAUGGCCCUGCUACAGUGGGCCACUACACAGCAGUUCAGAACAGCAAAAAUGCCAAGGAUGCUGCUGCUCCAGCCGCAAAGUCCCUCAAACGGCCUUCCAUCAUCAGCGUGUUACCAUGGAAACGAAUUGUGGCAGUAUCAGCAAAGAGGAAGGGCUCCAAGAAGCUGCAGUCAGAUGGCGGGGAUGGUGGGAAAGGGAGUUCUCCAGAAAGCCACACCACCGCCACAGCCAACUCAGCCUCCAAUAGUUUGAAGCUGAAGAAGUCCCAGUCCUGUGCUAACCUUUCAUCUUACUCAUCCAGUCAGGACCCCUCGGCCACUAGUACCACUACCUCCUCCCACUUGCCCACCUCCAAGACCCUGGCCAACGUAGCUACUGUCGCUGCCAAAAAGAAUUCCCUCACUGGCACCGGGAUCCAGCCAUCUACUGCAGCUGGCACGCCAAAACGUGUCAUUGUCCAGGCCUCCACCAGUGAACUGAUGCGCAGCCUGGGUGAGUUCUUGUGCCGUCGGUGUUACCGACUGAAGCGUCUAUCCCCGACAGAUCCAGUGCUGUGGUUGCGUAGUGUAGACCGAUCCCUCCUCCUACAGGGCUGGCAGGAUCAGGGCUUCAUCACACCGGCUAAUGUGGUCUUCCUCUACAUGCUGUGCCGCGAUGUGGUCUCAGCCGAGGUAGCUUCAGAGCGCGAGCUACAGGCCUCACUGCUCACAUGCCUCUACCUGUCCUACUCCUACAUGGGCAAUGAGAUCUCCUACCCGCUGAAGCCCUUCCUGGUAGAGGCAGAGAAGGAAGCCUUCUGGGACCGCUGCCUGGAGAUCAUCAACCGCAUGAGCGGCAAGAUGCUCCAGAUCAACACCGACCCGCACUUCUUUACCCAGGUGUUUGCUGACCUGAAGAACGAGAGCAAGAAAGAGGAGGAAAAGACCAAACUCCUCAUUGGCCUUGAUCGAUAAGAUGGAGCUGGGAGGCAAGAAUGAAGGAUUAAUAGAAAGAUUGAUGGAGCUCAUAGGUGUACUAAUGUAAUGCCAUGUGGCGCUACCUUGGAGCAGUAAUGUUGUCUGGCGUCUCUAACUAAAUUUUCUUUGUUCACCCAGAACAUAAAGCUUCUGGGAACAAACAUAACAUUUAAAUCAUUUUAAUUUUUUGGUUUAAUGAGCCAAUUAAAAACUAAUAAGCUUUCAGACCAAGGCAGUAACUGAUCUGCAGUGUCUCACCAGCAAUUCUCUUACAGGGCCUAGUUGCAACAAUGCACCAGAUAAAAUCAGAGUAGCUGUGGUGUUGGCCAUGUUAUUGGAUCUGAUUAGAUUCCUGACACCGACGAGCUGCUGACAUUCAUUGUCUGGGUUUGCUCAGCUGAGGAUGCAACAAAAACAAGCUUUAAGGCAGAGAUAUGAUCAUUAGUUUUUAAGAACAGUGUAGGUAACGACACUGAAAAGGAAGGCUAUGCUUUAUCAAAAGUCCAGGCCAGCAGGGUUCGUGAUAUGACAUUACAAUAACAGGAUGUGAGAAAAAGAUAUGUAUCAUUUUUAUCACUUACCUUUGGCCCAGACUUUGUUUUUGUCUGAAUUGUAUUUUGUUUGAGUGAGAUAAGAAACACAAUCUGAUUUUCAGUUGGAAACGCCAGACAACAGAUUAAUGUAAUUAAGAGUGAAUAUUAUAAAUAUAGCGAUACAGGAUUCUGAUACUGUGUGAUAGCAUCCAGGCAUUUUCACUAUAGAGAAAUGUCCGAGUAAUGAAGAACAAGAACAAGAACUACUUUGCAUGAGGUCACGUCAUACAUCCUUGCACAUUAAUACCUGCUUAUUGCCAACUCCACUUGACCUUUUUCCCGUCAUCCUGCCCAAGCUUAUUGCACUCACCAACAUCGGCUGCAAGGUCCACUGUUGAAACGUAAAGUGCAUUAACUACUACCAUAACACGGUUGAGCUAGAAUCAGCCACCACAACUAGUCUACAAAAUUGUAGGACUGAAAUUGGCAUCCCAAUUUGGUGUAAUUGCACUGUAGUGGAUUAGUUCAUCUGCAUCUUAUAUAAAGUACUGUACUUUUGAGCAAACAUUUGGGUUUAUCCAGCCAAAUGUGCUUUGAAUUGGGAGAUUCAUUAUUUAUUUUUUAAGAGUAUGAAAUGGCAGUUCCUUGGGCACGAAUUAAUAAUCAUUAAACAUGCCCUACUGUAAGCUGUUUACAUUUACAGAAAAUGGGAAAAUGCAAUACUGACCUCUCCAGGGCAUAGGUUACUCAAGGAAUUAUUUCAUUCCUUCCUGUUCUCCUGCACUUUCUCUUGCAGUCCUUAUUGGUGCUGUCCUGAAUGACCACAGGAAAGUGUUUUAUUGAAAGAAAGAAACAUUGCAUUCAUAUUGUGUGCUUAUGAAUGAUUCGUGGAGCUGCAUCAUGGAGGACAUGUUCAGAGAGCAGAUCAUGUGAUCUGUCUCAACCAGUGGCUAUAAAUGAUGUGAUUAUAUUCUAGGUGUGUGAGGGCAGGGGCAGACAUUACAAGUGUAGAUGUGACUUCUCUUCCAAAAUAAUGGUUUCAUGUUGCUGUCGCACUUGGCUCAAGAGACUGCUGUUUGAAAUGUCCCUCCCACACACACACACACCCCAGCUCCGUCUCGUCUUUUUCCAUGCUCAUUACUCUCCAUAACAACCCAGACAAACUAAAACAACAGAUUUCUCUCUCUAUCUGUCCACCGCAGUCUGGCCUGGUCCUGUUCUUACUGGUGCGGUGCAGUUCAGUUGUCCCAUAUUUAGAGACUUUCUGGUCGGCUGACCUGAUGGUUUUCUUAUUCACUGAGAUGUUUGACAUGCAUGCGUGCUUUUAUAGGUUUCCUAGCAUGCUGCUUUUGUGUGGGCACAUCGCACCGUGUUACAGAAGAGACUGAGCAGUCGUCAUGCUGAAUCGCUGAAAGCUAGACUCAGUGAUGCGACAUCUACUUGGCACAAGGACUCUCUAAUGACAGAAGUGUGUGAAAAAGUAGUUGUAUCCAUGCAUAUGUAGCACAUCCACUGAUAAAAAUCAAGUCCCAGCAUUGGUCCUUCAUUAGGAUUUUCACUAUACUUGGUUCCAUGGUGCUUAGGGGUCUAAAAGACUCUUUCAAGACUUAAUAGUUCUGCCUUUCAGGAGGUAGUUAUAGCUCUCCUAAAAAAUAAAAUAAAAUAAAAUGAAAUAAAUUAAAUCCAAGCCAGGCUUUGGAUCAGUUGGAGUGGAUAUGAAAAGCAUAGCCAUAAGGGAGGGGUUCUCAAGGGACUGAUCAAAAACACAGUGGUCAAAAUCAAAGCACUGCCAUUAUGCAACUGGAUAACAUCUGUGGGCAGUGGUGGCCUAAAUGUUUAAUACCUGGACUAGCAGGAUAACGUUUGUGUGGGUCAGGUGACACAGACACCUUUGAUAACACCUCUGUGUGAAUCCCUUUACCCCUAGCUGCUCAGUGGCUAACAGGUCAGACUCUGGUUGUACUGGGUAGCUUCCAGGUGUUUCAGGGUGAACCUCUGGUCUCACAUCUUUAGGGUUAUUUUUUAAACUUCUGAAAUCUUCUCUAGAGCCUGGGAAGACUUAUACAACUGUCAUCACAGACUGAGCAGUACUCAUGAGCAGUAAACUGACCUCCAUGUGUAAAAUUAUUGAAGUGUCCCCUGAAUGACAUUUGAAAAGAGUUAACGGUGCCAGGAGAUGCCGUAUUUAUUCAGAAGGAGAUGGAGAUGCUCCACGUGUUCCCUUUGGUGAGAUUUCUUGCCUUGAUGAUGUCACAUCACCAAGUCUAACUGUAGCCAAAAACACUGACUUCAGUUUUUAGAAAAGCUCUGCCUUCUCAUGUCAUAUCACUCUAAAGACUCUUUAUUUUGUACAAAAACAACAAAGAUGAGCCAACUCAAAGUCUCUGACUGCUGAACAAGAAAGACUAUAAAGGAAUUUUAAUGAAUGAGUUUUUUUCUUCUGUGUUGCUACAUCAUGUAUCAGAAAUGUAGUCUAGAUGUGGCAUGUGGCGAAGAUAUGAAUGGCAAAAUGGAAAGCUUGUGAUUUUAAUCCACAGUGAAGUUUUAUGUCACUUUGCAAAAUGUAAGCCAAAACUGGAGUCAUCCAAAGCUGGAGCAUUCAGCAUUCUGUCCUUGAAUUUACAGUGCAAUUUCUGAAAAAAAAGUUAAUUUGGCCUGCUCUCUUAUAAGAAAAUAAAAUUAUAACAUCAGUUCCCUAUUCAGUAAAAAAAAAACACACACACACAAAAAAAACAAGGAAAUCUGAAAAUCUUGUGAACAAAACAGAAUGUGGUGCCUGUUUCCAGACUGGGUGUCUCUGUGAUACAGGUGAUGUUUUAACUUUGGUUGUGCUUUAUUUUCUGAUGAUAACCAACUGGGCUGCAGUAGGUACCAUGCUGUAAAAACAAAAUGUAGCCUUGAUCCAGAGUCAGACCUCAUGAGACAAAUAUGCACAUGAAAAAUGAAUCCAUUGCAAACAAACUUGUUUCUAUGUCCAUGCUCCUAUGAUGGGUUAAGCUGUUGAAAAGUAGCAUUUCUCUGGAUGGCAUUUCCAAGACAGCAGUUUAUUAUAUAUAUAUAUAUAUUUUGUAUUUAAAGAUCCGAACUCUAAGGUUGGUGCAAUCUGAAUCAUUGUAGGUUAACGGACAGAAGACACAUGGCAGUGAUACAUCUAAAUUUAUGUUCUUCUACAAUACAAUCAUUAGAAUAUAUCUCCGACUUAGUAGAGGAAUGAUGAAUGUUUAUUUUGACAUCAAAAAAUAUUAUCUGUUGUGGAUUUUUUGUGGUAAAUUUUAAGAUUUUACUAGCCGUUCUCUAAGCCACACCACGUUUAGUUCGUGUUGCUUCGUUUAACGUUUCGCACUGCACUGUUUACAGUGGUAAUGGUGGUGGUUUUAUGAUUCAAACCUUAGUCAUUUUGAUUUCAGACACAGGUAGAAAAAUACAUAGACUGGACCUGUCCAGGGUGUAAUAUACCUCUGGCCCAAUGCUGGUGGGAAUUGGUUCCAGCUUCCCUGCAACCUAAGUGGUUUAAAUAAUGGAUGGAUUUGUAGAAAAAAAAACAGCUUCUCAUUUCUAGGCAGAGACCAUCAAUGUUGCUGGGUGCCAGGAGAGUUUAAUCGGCUGUAGCUAACUGAUUAAGCUAAUGUUAGCUCAGUGAGCUGAAUGAAAAUGUUUUCUCUGGCUGAAAUGUUAUCGCUUUCAGCUAACCUGUUUUAAAAUGAUGUAAAAGGACUUUUAAAUAUGCACUUAAUGGCAACAUACAUGAUAUCCUGCUAAAAGGAGUUAACUGUGUGCACCAGGCAAGACUUUGACAUCUUCACUAGCUGAUGAUCCAUGUAGAAGACAUGAAACUAAACAAACAGUAUUAUUCUUAUAUCGCAGAGAUAGGUAGGUAGUCCUACUGCCAUGAAAUGUUACAGUUUUGAAACUACAACUGAACAAUCACAGUGUGGGGGAGGGGGGUAGCAAAUGGUACUAUUUCUGUUAAAUUCAAAUGUGAAACCCUCGGUAGAGUGUACACACACCCCGCACACAAUCAAAGUAUUGUAUAUUGACUAUUCAAUAGCAUGUGGGUGUCAAAGAACAGUUGCAAUGUGUUUCUCUGAUGAGAUAAAGUUUGUCAACGUUUGUCUCUGUUUUUGCUUCCACCUGCUUUAGUAGUUCCAGCUGUGCAGGAACAAUAAAAAAGAGACACAGAAGCAAAGAAAGGAAACAUGUUCUCUGAAUGAAGAGAGAGAGGUAUGGGUUGACUACGCCCCCUCCUACACAUGCUUUUACCACUGAUCAACUCAUAACUAUGUGCCAUAUUUUAUCUUGCAACACAUACAAGACAAAAACUAUUGUGUAACAUAUUAUGCUUAUGAUAAUGAUGAUGGAGUUAUUACCGUUUUCCUUCCUUUUCAUUUGUGAAUCAUUGUGUAAUCAAGAAUCUUUGUUGAACAAAAGUCAAGGCUACUAGUGUUACUAGAGUUCCAAUGCUGCAGUCUGUUACUGUGGAUGUAUGAAUAUGUAUGUGAGAAGUCAGAAUAAUUUGAUCAACUGUUACAGGUACUUUAUAUAAAA